GUGACGUCAGAGCAGGAAGUGUUUGAGGAAGUCGCGCUGGGCCGGCAGGUUUAAGAUUCCCGCAUUUUAAUGUCUGCGGGGAGGUGCCAGAGCCCCCGGUUUCGCCGCCCCAGCCCCCGCCUCCCCCUCCCGGGGGAGCGGCUCCCCUGCCCCGCACUCCUGCCAACAGAGUUAGCACGGCAUCAGUAUGAGCUGGGCACCUUCUCUGCCAACCCAGACGUGUGGGGCCUGGGAGAUGAAAGAACGACUCGGGACAGGGGGAUUUGGAAACGUCAUCCGGUGGCACAAUCAGGAAACAGGUGAGCAGAUUGCUAUCAAGCAGUGCCGGCAGGAGCUCAGCCCCCGGAAUCGAGAGCGGUGGUGCCUGGAGAUCCAGAUCAUGAGAAGGCUGAACCACCCCAAUGUGGUGGCUGCCCGGGACGUCCCCGAGGGGAUGCAGAGCUUGGCUCCCAAUGACUUGCCCCUGCUGGCCAUGGAGUACUGCCAGGGAGGAGAUCUCCGCAAGUACCUGAACCAGUUCGAGAACUGCUGUGGCCUGCGGGAAGGACCCAUCCUUACCUUGCUGAGUGACAUUGCCUCUGCACUUAGAUACCUUCAUGAAAACAGAAUCAUCCAUCGGGAUCUAAAGCCAGAAAACAUCGUCCUGCAGCAAGGAGAGCAAAGAUUAAUACACAAAAUUAUUGACCUAGGAUAUGCCAAGGAACUGGAUCAGGGCAGUCUUUGUACUUCCUUUGUGGGCACCCUGCAGUACUUGGCCCCAGAGCUCUUGGAGCAGCAGAAGUACACGGUGACCGUGGACUACUGGAGCUUCGGUACCUUGGCUUUCGAGUGCAUCACCGGCUUCCGCCCUUUUCUCCCUAACUGGCAGCCCCGUGGCAGUGGAUGGUUGCUGCCGCCACCCCCGAAGGUCAUCCAGACUAGCAUCUGGCUCCGAAAGAAUCCAUCCCAGCAGGAUACUGAGGCACUGUCAUCCAAAGACAAAAUUGCGACCUGUGGGCACUCCAAAGUCCGGCAGAAGAGUGAGAUGGACAUCGUUGUCAGUGAGGACCUGAACGGAGCCGUGAAGUUUUCAAGCUCCUUACCCUACCCCAAUAAUCUCAACAGCAUCCUGGCACAUCGACUAGAGAAGUGGCUGCAGCUGAUGCUGAUGUGGCACCCACGACAGAGGGGCACUGAUCCUGUGUACGGGCCCAACGGCUGCUUCAAGGCCCUGGAUGACAUCUUAAACCUGAAGCUGGUUCAUAUAUUGAACAUGGUCACAGGCAUCAUUCACACCUAUCCAGUGACAGAGGACGAGAGUCUGCAGAGCUUGCAGGCCAGAAUCCAGCAGGACACAGGAAUCCCCGAGAAGGACCAGGAGCUGCUGCAGGAGGCUGGGCUGGCGCUGAUCCCUGACAAGCCUGCUGCUCAGUGUAUUUCAGAUGGCAAGCUGAAUGAGGGCCGCACGCUGGACAUGGAUCUCGUCUUUCUCUUUGACAACAGUAAAAUCGCCUAUGAGACUCAGAUCUCCCCCCGGCCCCAACCUGAAAGCGUCAGCUGUAUCCUUCAAGAGCCCAAGAGGAACCUGUCUUUCUUCCAGCUGAGGAAGGUGUGGGGCCAGGUCUGGCACAGCAUCCAAACCCUGAAGGAGGACUGUAACCGACUGCAGCAGGGACAGCGAGCUGCCAUGAUGAAUCUCCUUCGGAAUAACAGCUGCCUCUCCAAGAUGAAGAAUUCUAUGGCUUCCAUGUCUCAGCAGCUCAAAGCCAAGUUGGACUUCUUUAAAACCAGCAUCCAGAUUGACCUGGAGAAGUACAGUGAGCAAACGGAGUUUGGGAUCACGUCAGAUAAGCUGCUGCUGGCCUGGAGGGAAAUGGAACAGGCUGUGGAGCUCUGUGGGCGGGAGAAUGAGGUGAGGCUCCUGGUGGAGCGGAUGAUGGCGCUCCAGACCGACAUCGUGGACCUGCAGAGGAGCCCCAUGGGGCGGAAGCAGGGCGGCACGCUGGACGACCUAGAAGAGCAGGCAAGGGAGCUUUACAGGAGGCUUCGGGAGAAACCCAGAGACCAGCGAACGGAUGGCGACAGUCAGGAGAUGGUCCGGCUGCUCCUCCAGGCCAUCCAAGGCUUUGAGAAGAAAGUGAGAGUGAUUUAUACGCAGCUCAGUAAAACUGUGGUAUGUAAGCAGAAGGCUCUGGAAUUGUUGCCCAAGGUGGAAGAGGUGGUGAGUUUAAUGAAUGAAGAUGAGAAGACUGUUGUCCGGCUUCAGGAGAAGCGGCAGAAGGAGCUCUGGAAUCUUCUGAAGAUCGCUUGUAGCAAAGUCCGUGGUCCUGUCAGUGGAAGCCCAGACAGCAUGAAUGCUUCUCGCCUCAGUCACUCGGGUCAGCUGCUGUCUCAGCCUUCUGCUGCCCCCAACAGCAUACCCGAGGCCAUCAAGAAAAGUGGAGAGCUGGUGACUGAAGCGCACACCCUGUGUUCGCAGCUAGAACAUGCAAUGCAAGACACCAUCAAAGAACAGGACCAGAGUUUGAGGUCUCUAGACUGGAGCUGGCUACAGACAGAGGAAGAAGAACAGAACAGCUUGGAACAGGCCUCUUGACUGUGUGGGUGGCCUUGACCACCUGAUGGGGCUGCCUGGCCUGAGGUCCUCCCAUGCUGGCCCCCUGCUCUAACAACGUCCCAGAAGUCGUCGGCACCCAGACAAAGGAGCCUCUCACUUUCCCUGGGAAUUAUGACAUUCACCACGGGCCAGGGGUGUGGCCCUCCGUGGGCACUACCAGCAACAUUGUCUGCACACUGGAAAGUCCUCCCUCACAGAGGCUCAGCAAACACUGAGGCCAGGCAUGAGCUGCUUUCCCUGCUUUGGAAAUGUGCGCGAGGUACUUGCCCCACAGACCGCUGGACAAAUGUCCAAUGGGACUCUUUCAGGACAAAGUAUGAAUGACACUUGUCAGCCUGUCCUCUCCUGACCCCUCCUGAUCUCCAGAGGCCCUGAUCCACCUGUCCUCACAGCUAGUGUUUCAUCUGGAUUUGGAACCAGACAGACUUAAACGGUAGACUUGCCUGGUCCCAUUCUUUCUCUUCCUCUUUUCAUUUCACUGCUGCUAAAACGUCCCUUUCCCCAACGACUUUAGUGGUCGUGCUCCCUCCUGGGUACACGGUAGCUCUCCCCGGCCACCAUCCUUUCCACCACAGGGUGGCUCGCGAGAGCCAGCACAGACGAGCAGCUUCCUUCCCUCAGGUCCCCGAGACCAUCUGGGGGUGAGUCAUCGUGGGGAAGAAGGAAAGAAGAAGAGGGGACCUGUCAACCCCACAUCUGCCGACACUGUGCCCACUCCUGCCCUUGCUCAGACGCAGCUGUGUGGGGCGGCAUUGGGCCAGGGGAGCUCCUGCUUCUGUCAUCUAGCAGUAUUAUUAAAUUGACUUAUUUAAAAAAUAGUUUCUAUAUUUUGUAACAGAACUCAAACAUUUGCACCGGGCUCCACAAUCUAUUUUUACAAUAUUUAUGGUUAGGACUUGGGAACUCAAAAACCAACUUAACGCAAAAUGUCAUAAACCGAGUAGCACGUGGGUCACGUGGUGCGGGGCUGCACUUAGCACAGCUUCUUCGACAUUUCACCAGACUUCUGUGCAUCAGAGCAGGAAAGCAAAACGAGUCCGGAUGAUCACAAAUAGGCGAGUUUGGUCGGAGAAGGAAGUUGGAAUAGAGGAGUUUCAUAAACUGGCUUCCAUGGAAGCAGUACCAAGGGUUUCAUGGUCAAGGAAGUUUGGGAAACACUUCAGGCUUUAAUUGUCUCUUGGAGAGUCACACUGUACACUGGCAUAUUAAAGUUCUUGAGAGUCCUGUGAUUA